UUGAGAAAUAUCGCGCAGUCUAUUUCGCAGUGUCUCACCGCGAACGUCGUUCGGACCGCACAGCCGGAGCGAUUCUCGUGAAAAAAAAAAAGUAAAAAAUAUUUCGUCGUCACACACAAGAUGUCCUCGUUCGAGCAAUUGAUCGAGAUGAAGAGACAAGGGGAAGAGGUCGAUUGGAGCGAUGCGAAUAAGGGACACGAAUUCGUCCGUCAACUUGCCACUUUGAUCAGAGAUUGGAAGGGCGAACUUCCGGAUCUGCGCGACGUUUUUCAGCCAAGGGAAAUGAACCAGCUUCUCAUCCACGUCGUGGGAGAACUAUUCGGGAACAAAAGCGACGUAUCGACGAUCGUUACCAUCGUGGCCCGCACCGGUUACAAAGUCGAGGCGGACUUGGAUAAGAACAACAGGCCAUUGCCGAAUCGCUGCACACCGCUGCAUUUGAUGUCAGCUUUGUACAGGUUGGGUCUCGUCGACAAGGGUUCAGAGAUAAUCCGUGCGCUCUUCGAAAUAUACGACGAUUUCGCGGUAAAUUACAUCGGUCCGAUGGGCCGAACGCAUCUCCACGUGGCCUGCGAGCUCGGCUUGGUCGACGUCGUCCGGAAGUUCCUCGACUCGAGACAGAAGGAUAUAAUAAAUUGCCGCGAUCAGUAUAAAAAUACGCCGCUGCUCGUGGCUCUCCAGGCGCGGCACGAUCUCAGCAAGGAGGUGGUCCGAUUGCUGCUCGAACGCGGCGCCAACGUGGCUCUGGCCAACAGGCGGAGAGAGACGCCUCUCCUCGUUCUGUGCCGGGACCUGAAUAACGACGAAGAAAAUUACGACCUGAUCGAGUCGCUGCUGUUCGAGAUCAACAAGAAGGACAAGCGGCGGAGGCAGGGAAUGAUGCGGCGGGUCGUCAACGCUCGGGACGAGUUGGGUCACACGGCGUUGUUUUGGGCGCUGCAGCGGCACCACGCGGCGACGCUACGAUUGCUGCUCAGGCACGGCGCCGACCCCACAAUACCCGACAAGAGUCGAGUGUCGCCUCUGCACUGGAUCUUCCUGAGGAGGAGCGACGACAACGAUCAGCUGGACACGAGGAGGAGGAUGCUGUUGCUCGAUGCGAUCGAGGAGCUGCCGGAACGGCAGCAGCGCCGUCAGACGUCGCGCAUCGACGCCCAGUGGAAGGGCAAGACGGCGCUGCAUCUGGCUCUGGAGCGCGUCAGCGAGGAGGGGGUCAGAUGGCUGCUGUGUCGUGGCGCCAGUCCGAAUAUAGCCGAUCGCGAGGGACAAACAGCCUUUCACUAUAUCUGCCAGCUGAGAUGCGGCAUGAGUAAUCAUCGCCACGAACGCGUUCAUGUGGCAGCCUGGGUCCACACGUUCUUCGCGAUCGUCGACGAGAUGUGGCCGCGGCGGAGCUUGCUGCGGCUCGACGUCAGGGACGAGCUGCCGAGCGGCGAGGCGGCGCUGCACCGGGCCCUGGAGCGCGAAAACAGGAGCGCGUUCGAGGCGCUGCUGCGCAUGGGCGCCGAUCCGAAUCUGGCCAAUCUGCGCCGCGGCGAGACGGCUCUGCACGUCAUCGCCAGGAGAAGUCUGCAUCCGCGCUACGCGCAAUCGCUCUUCGAGAUCUGCGACCUGAGAGGCCGAGCGCCGAGGAUCAGGAUCGACGUCCGGGACGAGGGGGGCGACACGCCGUUGCACCUGGCACUGCGAGACAUGAGCAUGAACGUCGGUGUGCGCGAGACGGUCGUACUGCUGCUGCGCAAAGGCGCCAGUCUGAGUCUGGUCGACGGCCGAGGAUCGCCUCCCCUUCACUUGAUCUGCAUGCUAGGCAACGAGGAGAUAGGCUUGCUGGAUACGUUCUUCAAGUUGUGCGACGAGAGAGAACACCAGGUGCGGAUCGACGCCGAGGACAGCGCGGGGCGGACGCCGCUGCAGUGGGCCGUGGCGAACAUGAGGCUGCGCACGAUCGAGAGACUGCUCGAACGCGGCGCCGAUUUAUCCAGCCUCGUUUUCCCGACCGAGAGUUACUUCGGCGACGGUCAUUUGCUCUGGAUGAGUCAUUUGUAUAAAUUCGCAAUAGCGGCUCGCGCACUGGACCUCGUGGACUUUCUGGAAAAGAGAGGCUACGAGUUCGUACGAAGCGAGGCGCUGACGAUCAUGAAAUUUUUCGACAGGCACAGAAUUCUCGACCGGAGGCCGAGACGGGAGGAGCUCGAUAUCAACCAUUGGUUGAACGAGCCUGAGUUCGCCGACAGAGCCAAGGAGGUGACGAUCGUGCAGCCGAGUCUGACGCUGCACGACCUGCUCCGAUUGCCGAUCGAAGAGGCGUCGAACAGAUUCACGCAUCGGGACUACUACGAGUUCUGGACUACGUACAGAUUCCGCUUCUUGCCCUGGGCCAGUCAAGGGGUGUGCGCCCGGCGACUGUGCGAGAUAUUUUGUCGUGGAUUUUUUUGGGACUGGGCGCUGGAUGCUCUCGUGGAGGUGACGCAUUAUCGGCUGCCGGCUAAUUGCUGCGAGAUGAUCAUGGAUAAUUUGACGAACAAAGAUCUGAUGAAUAUCUGCGCGGCGGCUUGCGAGCGGAACGAUACUGAUCCGAUAAUACCGUCUUCUUAAUCUUCUUUUGCUCCGCGUAUACAUUGAAACGAAUGUAAAAAACAACGAUUAUAGUCAGUUUUGAGGCGUUUAUCUUUGAUCAGUUUUAUCGUAAAAAUUGUAUGAUAAUUAAGUUACAAGUUUCGUUUGAAAACUAAUGACAAUCAAUUGUAAAUAAUACAUGAUUAACAUGUAUCAUCUGUAAAAAUCCAAGCUUGACUUGGAUAAACAUUAAUUAAGUUGAAAAAUGAAUUUUCAAAAAUAAAUAAUUGAAAAGUAAUGAAAACA